AUGAGGCUGCUUCUUCGGCUACUGUCCUCGGCCAUUCUGGCUGCUUGUGGCUUCUCAGAGGAGCAGACAGGAGACAUCACCAUUGCCUACAAAGUACUGGAAGCUUAUGCCCAAAGCCAUCGAGUCCUCAUAACCUGCGACAUCCCGGAGGCCCGCCGGCCCAUCACCUACUCUCUCGUGGCUAGCCGAGGUGUCUUGGUGGCAAAAAAGGUUGUUCGUGACUUCAAGCCGGCCUCCUUCAACAUCCACAUUACACUCAAGUCCAGCCCAGACCUGCUCACCUACUCCUGCCAGGCAGCCUCAAAGUGGGCCACCUAUGGGCCCAGUCCCAGGCUGCAGAUGUACUGGGAGUUGUGGACCAAGCCCGUUUCUCAGCUGCAGACUGACUUCACUCUGCACGAUGGGGACUCAGGUCCCACUGGGGAGGUCUCCUGUCUGGCAUCCUCAGGCAGCCCGCCCAUCACCUACCGCUUGGUGGGGAACGACGGGCGUGUACACGCACAGCAAAGGCCACUCCAUGGGAAAGCUGCCAACUUCUCCAUUCCGCUGUCCCAGGACUCGGGCUGGUUCCACUGUGAAGCUGCAAACAACGUCAGUGUGGAAAGCAGCGCCCGCAUCCUACUGCCCCCAGAAGCCUGACCCAAGCUCCUUGCCCUCCUUCCAGGGGAGCUGCCCCUGACACCCACCUACGUUCUGGCUGGCAGCCUCAUCUCCAUUGCAGUCGUUAGCUCCGGGAUGCUGAGCUUGACCUGGUUGUGACCGGAAGACAGAGCCACGGGGUUGCCUUUGUGCCCUACACAAGAACCGGCCAGUGGAGCAAAAGAGAGCCUGGGGAGUGCAUGUAUAAAAAAAGGAGGUGCAGACCAGGGUACCAAAAGCAGUGCACCCCAAAAGGGGUCCAGAAGUCUAGAGCAUUAGUGUGAAUGGGGCCCAAAGGGAAUAAAAUUGU